UGCGUACUGCGGUCGGAGGGCCGAGGCGGAGCGCGAGCCCUUCGCAAGCGCCGCAAACCGCGCGAGACUUCUUCCGGAGCUCCUCGGCGGUGAGUGAAGCGCGAGGGAGCGCCGUCUCCGGCUGUUGUUGCUGGGGAAUCCGGAGGAAUUACUUUAUACAGAAGUCUUGUGAAACCACUGUGCAAACAAGGUGAUGAUUGUGCAGAGAGUAGUGUUGAAUUCCCGACCUGGAAAAAAUGGUAAUCCAGUGGCAGAAAAUUUCCGAGUUGAAGAGGUAAACUUACCAGAUAACAUCAAUGAAGGACAAGUACAAGUCAGAACUCUUUAUCUUUCUGUGGAUCCUUACAUGCGUUGUAGAAUGAAUGAAGACACUGGCACUGAUUAUAUAACACCUUGGCAGCUGUCUCAGGUGGUUGAUGGUGGAGGUAUUGGGAUUAUAGAAGAAAGCAAACACGCAAAUUUUACUAAAGGCGAUUUUGUGAUUUCUUUUUAUUGGCCUUGGCAAACCAAAGUUAUUCUGGAUGGAAAUAUCCUUGAAAAGGCAGACCCACAACUUGUGGAUGGACACCUUUCCUAUCUUCUUGGAGCUGUAGGGAUGCCUGGUUUGACUUCCUUGAUUGGGAUACAAGAAAAAGGUCAUAUAAUUGCUGGAUCUAAUCAGACAAUGGUUGUUAGUGGGGCUGCUGGUGCUUGUGGAUCCUUGGCUGGACAGAUUGGCCAUUUGAUGGGCUGUUCCAGAGUGGUGGGAAUUUGUGGAACACAUGAGAAGUGCCUCCUCUUGACCUCAGAACUAGGCUUUGAUGCUGCAAUUAAUUAUAAAAAGGGGAAUGUGGCAGAACAGCUCCGUGAAUUAUGCCCAGCUGGAGUGGAUGUUUACUUUGACAAUGUCGGUGGUGACAUCAGUGAUGCAGUGAUAAGUCAGAUGAAUCAGAACAGCCACAUCAUCCUGUGUGGUCAAAUUUCUCAGUACAACAAAGAUGUGCCUUAUCCUCCUCCACUAUCCCUGGCUGUAGAAGCAAUCCGGAAAGAAAGAAACAUCACAAGAGAAAGAUUUCUGGUGUUAAAUUACAAGGACAAAUUUGAGUCUGGUAUUCUACAGCUGAGUCAGUGGUUUAAAGAAGGAAAGCUAAAGAUCAAAGAGACUAUGAUAAAUGGACUGGAAAACAUGGGAGCUGCAUUCCAGUCCAUGAUGACAGGAGGUAACAUUGGAAAGCAGAUAGUUUGCAUUUCAGAAGAUACCUCUUUGUAAUCUCCUCAUCAAGGAAAUACACAGAUUUCUUUCUAUUUUGCACAAAGAUUUUCAAGAUACAUUAGUACAGAUACCUUUUGAUUUAAAUGGGCUCAUAGGUGAUAUUUUCUUAGUUGCACAAGAUAAUUCUUUCCUAUGUCUUCUUUAUCAUAUAUAUACUCUACAUCUAACAUGAUUAUUUAUAAUUAUAGAAAUAAUAUUUUUCUGUCUUUUGCUAAAACUAAAAUUACAUGAUAUUUAUACCAGGUAUUCUGAAACCACUGGAAAUUUGAUAUAGCUGUUUAAUGGAUCAUACAAAAUAAUUUUUUUAAAUUAGUUACUUUUAUUGAAAAUAGAAUGCAUGAGAAGGCACUUAGUAAAUAUAUAUUUAACUGGAAAUACUUUAGAUAAUUCUUGAACUGAACCUUGGUGUAAGAAUAGAAUUGGGAUGGUCUCUCCAUAUUGUAGAUGGAAAGGGGGCUUAAUGGCAGAAUGUGUGUAUAGGGCCUUGGAGGAAUUCAGAGCUUGUGGAAGUUUUUGGGAUAGGAGAGCAGAGGCUUUGUGUUGGGAGUAGUAUGAAAACUUAAGUAACUGAGGUUGGUUGGGUUGAUGAAGGGACUAGAUUUACUACAGAAGAUGAUCUAUUUGUGUUUUGCCAAAUAGUUCACUGUAUAGCCUCAAAACGCAAAUAUACAUUGAUAAAACCAUAUUUAUUUUGUUAGCAGGCAUAUACUGUCAAAUAGUUAUAAAGAUUUUGAGGGCAAAUAGACAUCACUUGGAGUUUUAGAUGAAGAAAAAGAUUUAAACAAGUACAGCUUCAGGUAAUGACAGGACUCGGCAAAUUAAAAAACAGUUGUAAACACAAAUGUUCAAGAUCUACUAAUGUACCUCUAUAUAAAAGAGUUUGUUUUGUUAAUUGUAAUCAACUCUUUAAUACAGUAUAAUUGGGUCUA